AUGGAUGGAUCGGCUAGUGGCAAUCCUGGUUUGGUAGGCGGGGGAGGCAUUUGUAGGAGGGAUGAUGGGAGCUUCAUUUUCGCUUUCUCUAGAGACUACAGGGUGGGUACGAAUAAUAGAGCAGAGCUCCGUGUUAUCUAUGAUGGUCUUCUACAGUGUCUGGAUAGAGUGAUGACCAAAGUUGAAGUUGAAACAGAGUCUAAGGUGGUAGCCGAGCUCCUCUCUGGGAAACCGAGCACACCCUAUCUUUGGUGGCCUUGGGUUAGGCAAAUUGCCAACCUAGGGCUAAGAGUGUCCUUUCAGAUAUGGCUCAUUCAGCGGGAAGGUAAUGGUCCGGCGGAUGGAAUGGCUAGGGAAGGAAGCAAGAGUCAGAGGGAUGUUGAUCUUAACCACUUGGGGGAGUUGCCUCCUCAUGUGCGGGCUUGUCUUCCUUGA